AUUACGAAGUUGGAAGAAUAAUUAAUCCGUGUUCGUGCGGGGGAGGAGCCGAGGAGGAAAGAAGAACGAAUUAAUUUUUUAUAAUCUCCGAUGCAGUGAAGAGAGAGAGGGCCAAGCAAAGGCUAGAGAGAGCACUAUUGUCUCAAUUCUCAAAGCUAAUUUGUGUCUCUCUCUAGUCAUUCAUUGUCCUCACUGUCACUGCUACUUCCCAGAGGCCCUUUUCCUGGUUUAUGGGUGUUGAGCUCUCAAUCACAAUCCCUUCUCCAUUCAUCUCUUACUACUGUUGCCUCCUUCCAGUGCGUCAGGCCCUGCAUUGUCCUCUCCUCCUCCGCGUUCUCCUCCGUUACAAUCUCAAUGCACCAGCAUCAUCAUUACCACAACAUCUAAAGCCAAAACAGCCAAACCCCUAAUAAUAAAAAGAGAAGCAGAACGGCAAAGUAACCUACAUGGAUUACUUCUCUUGCCGCUCCUCCUUCCUUAUUCUCAUCCUUGUUGUUCUGCUUAUGACUUCUAGAGGUGUAAUGGGUGCUACAUUCACUUUCGUCAACAAAUGCGACUACACUGUCUGGCCCGGCAUUCUGGCCAAUGCCGGCAGUCCUAGACUCGAAAGCACCGGAUUCGAGCUCCCAAAGGACACUUCCCGUUCUUUUCAAGCCCCAACCGGUUGGUCCGGCCGCUUCUGGGCCCGAACUGGCUGCAACUUUGACGACUCUGAAUCCGGAUCCUGUCUCACUGGAGACUGUGGUUCUGGCCAAGUCGAAUGCAACGGACUCGGAGCUGCCCCGCCCGCUACCCUGGCUGAGUUCACACUUGGGUCAGGUGGGCAGGACUUCUAUGAUGUUAGCCUCGUCGACGGCUACAAUCUCCCUAUGCUCGUUGAAGGGAGUGGCGGAUCGGGUAUGUGCGCUUCCACGGGUUGCUCAACAGAUCUGAACAGAGAGUGUCCACCAGAGCUAAGGGUGGGUAACGGAGACGCAUGCAAGAGUGCGUGCGAGGCCUUUGGGAGCCCAGAGUACUGUUGCAGCGGCGCGUUUAACACACCCGCGACGUGUAAGCCGUCGGUUUAUUCGCAGAUGUUUAAGGCUGCAUGUCCUAGAUCGUAUAGCUACGCGUAUGACGAUGCUACUAGUACUUUCACAUGUACCGGCGCUGAUUAUACGGUGACGUUUUGCCCGUCCUCGCCAAGUCAAAAAUCUUCAAGCUAUUCAACACCAAUGACAGCAGCAACAACCACCCCAGGGGAAGUGUCAGGUUCAGGAUCUGGGCUAGAGUAUUCGGGUUCAGGUUCCGAUUCUGGUUCUGAGUCUAUUUCUGGAUCUGGCACCGGUUCUGGAGAAACCAUGCUAGCAGAUGGAUCAUGGUUAGCUGGUUUGGCUAUGGGGGACUCCCACAGGACAGUCUCUCCAAUUGCUCUAAAAUCUGCACUACUGGCUGUUUUUCUCGUGAUUUCUUUGCUUUGUUUGUAGCACUAUGCAUCACUUUGGUUGAUGUGCUUGAUGGCUCCUUGUGUUUUAGUGUGAAUUCUUUACAGAUUCGCGGGCUUUCGGUGGGUGCUUGAAUUUUGCCUUUUGUUAGGAAAGCUGACAAAUUCUGUCUCGCCAAUCCAGAUUGUAAACCCCCCACUUCCAAGAUUCUCUUCUAUAAUUUCCAGUGUUACAUAUGUAAAAGAACUCUUGUUUCUAUAUUAUAAUUUUCAGGAUUUUCUUA